AUGCGUCACGGGCCUCAGGACGGGAAAUUCGCUCUCCUUCGAGAAAGCAUCGAACCUUCCUGUGAGGAUGCCGGUGGCAAGGAUGCUGUUGGUGUUCCACUACUCAAACAGAUCAAAAACGCCGAGUCGAAGGAUAUCGCCCAGGCGACUCUUUCCCAGGCGCUGGCGCUCAAGAUCUCUGCCGUGCUCGUUCUUCCGGCCAACUCUAUCGAAUCGACGCAUACUCUGGAAUCCUUGAGUCUCGUCUCGCUGGUCGCCAUCGAGAUCCGGAAUUGGAUUGCUAGAGAGACGGGAAAWCUUACAAGUUCUAGAACUGCUUUSGAGUGGAUCUAUUAUGAAUUUGGCUGGUUUGAGGGAUUGAAUAACGGGAGAAGACGUAGCGGGAAAAGAAUGCUAUGUAACGAUAAGCAUAUCGAUUUACUCGUUUAUUUAGAUAGCGUGGGAGUGGAGGGGAACACAUACGUGUUCUGA